AUGGAAGUUGCUGACAUCGCUGUGGUUGUGGUCUACUUUACCUUUGUCAUGGUGGUUGGAAUCUGGUCAUCAGUGAGAGCCAGUCGCAACACUGUUGGGGGUUACUUCUUGGCUGGGCGUUCAAUGACCUGGUGGCCUAUUGGAGCGUCUCUGAUGUCCAGUAAUGUUGGCAGCGGUUUGUUUAUUGGUCUAGCGGGAACAGGAGCAGCUGGAGGCAUCGCUGUUGGGGCAUUUGAAUGGAAUGCAGCAUGGAUCCUGGUGGCUCUAGGUUGGAUUUUUAUCCCAGUCUACAUCUCUGGUGGAGUCGUGACCAUGCCUGAAUAUCUGGCCAAACGUUUUGGAGGCCAGAGAAUACGCAUAUACAUGUCUGUUUUGUCACUCAUCCUCUACAUGUUCACUAAAAUAUCUACAGAUAUCUUUUCGGGGGCAUUGUUCAUCCAAGUGUCGUUGGGCUGGGAUCUCUAUCUGUCCACAGGCAUACUGCUGCUGGUCACUGCUGCUUACACAGUGGCAGGUGGUUUGGCAGCGGUGAUCUACACUGAUGCACUCCAGACUUUGAUCAUGGUUGGAGGAGCCUUUGCACUAAUGUUCAUAGCAUUCUCCAAAGUUGGCUGGUAUGAGGGCCUUGUGGAGCACUAUAUGUCAGCUGUUCCCUCAGUGACACUUGCCAACACCACGUGCCACCUACCUCGCACUGAUGCCUUCCACUUGUUCAGAGACCCAGUGUUAGGGGAUUUACCCUGGCCAGGUCUGGUGUUUGGGCUCACUGUUCUGGCUACAUGGGUCUGGUGCACAGAUCAGGUUAUAGUGCAGAGGUCUCUGUCAGCCAAGUCUUUUUCUCAUGCCAAAGCAGGCAGUGUGUUGGGAGGCUACCUAAAACUGCUGCCCAUGUUCUUCAUUGUCAUGCCAGGCAUGAUCAGCCGAGCACUGUUCCCAGAUGAGGUAGGUUGUGUGGAUCCAGCAGUGUGUCAGAGUGUGUGUGGAGCAUCAGUUGGUUGCUCCAACAUCGCCUAUCCUAAACUAGUUGUGGAGCUAAUGCCUGUGGGUCUCCGUGGUCUGAUGCUAGCAGUGAUGUUAGCUGCUCUGAUGUCAUCUCUGACCUCAAUCUUCAACAGCAGCUCCACUCUGUUUACACUAGAUCUCUACCACAAAGCAAGGCCUAAAGCAUCAGAGAGGGAACUUAUGAUUGUUGGAAGGGUGUUCAUCCUGGUCUUGGUGUGUGUUAGUCUGUUGUGGAUUCCAGUCAUCCAAACAGCCAAUAGUGGACAGCUGUUUGACUAUAUCCAGUCAGUGACCAGUUUUUUAGCUCCACCCAUUACCGCUGUAUUCCUCAUGGCUAUCUUCUGGCCACGUGCCAAUGAACAGGGUGCAUUCUGGGGUCUGAUGACUGGACUAGUGGUGGGACUGAGCCGCAUGGUUCUUGAAUUCUCCUUUGUAGCUCCUUCCUGUGGUCAGCCUGAUCAUCGUCCUGCUAUCCUGGCAGAUGUCCACUACUUGUACUUUGCUCUUAUCCUGUUGGCUAUCACCUGCAUUAUCAUUGUUGCUGUCAGUUUGGCCACUCCCCCAAUAUCUAAAGAACAUCUGUACAGGCUGACCUGGUGGUCCAGAUAUAGCCAAGAACCUCGGAUCGACCUCAGAGGGCCCCAGAGUACAUCUGACCUCAGCCCUGACUGCUUGCCAGAUUCUGGGUGGUGGAGAGCUGUUCUGUGGCUGUGUGGUCUAACUGGUUCGAGCUCUGGCUCUGUAUCUCCAGUGACUGAAAACAGUGAACUAAACUCUUUGCAGGAGGAGCCACUGUGGAGAAGAGUCUGCAAUAUUAAUGCCCUGCUACUGCUGGCUGUUAAUGUUUUUCUCUGGGGAUACUUUGCCUAA